AUGCCAAUCGAUCAAGAUACUUACAUCGUCGUUGGAUCUGGAGUUUUUGGCUCUUCAACUGCAUUGGAACUCAUACGUGCAGGUCAUAAAGUCAUCGUUUUAGAUCGUUCAGAAGAUGGAUAUUGUGCACCUGAUGGAGCAAGUAAUGAUUUGAAUAAAAUCGUUCGUGCUGAUUAUUCCGAUCCGCAUUAUCGUAAUUUAGCAAAGAUGGCAAUCUCGUAUUGGCGAAGAUCUGAUUUGAUUUCACAAUACUACCAUGAAGUUGGUGUUUUGUUUCAUACCGGAACUUCAGUAGAUCAGACUAUCGCGUACGAAGUAUCUUCAAGCGAUCAAUUCAAAGGCUGCUUCCCGGUAUCCACUCGUAAUCGACUUGGUCGUUUGAACGAAGAUAUUACCUCUGGUCGAAACAAAGCAUACUUUAACCCACGCGGAGGAUGGGCAGAAGCAGGUAAAGCUACAAACGCAGUGCUAGACGAAGCAAAACGAUUGGGUGCCCAAGUUUAUGGUAAUGCACAUGUGAACAAAUUGUUGUUCCAAGACAGGGACGACUCGAAGCGAGUAACGGGUGUACGUUGUGCAGAUGGUAGAACAUUUCAUAUUGGCGGAAAGGGACAGACGAUCUUGUGCGUUGGUGCAUGGAGUGAAGGUCUUUUACGAGCAAUAUUCGAAGAGCAAAACCUCAACUCUCAAAUCUCCUUACCAACCUGGUCAUCAGCACAAGUGGUGAUCACGAUCCAACUAAAUGAAGAACAACAAAAGAUCUAUCGUGAUACGCCUGUGGUAUUAUGUUUCGAAAAUGGAAAUUAUUGCUUUGAACCGGAUUCUAACGGAUUGAUGAAAAUUGCAAUUCAUAGUGGUGGAUAUAGAUUCCCUUUACCUUCAACAAAUACAAACACGCCUUUAACGUUCCCUACAUUUGCCGAUUCGAUCGCCGAACAAGCCGACAGAACAGCAAAGAUUACCAUUCAAGGAGCUCCUUCUAGUGUUGUAAAAGAAGCACGUUGUCCUACUGAUCAAGCCAAACAAAUUUUACAAAAUUUACAUUACGUCUAUCCUGAACUUGCAAAUGCACCAAUCGUAUACGAUAGAAUUUGCUUUUACAGUGAAUCCUUAGAUGAAAAUUGGAUAAUCGAUCAUGCUCCCGGCGUAAAGGGUUUAGUGGUCGCAUCUGGUGAUAGCGGUCAUGCUUUCAAGGUGAGUGAAACACUUGGCAAAAUCAAAUCAGAAUACUGA